AUGGGUCCAGGGAACGAAUAUCCUUUGGAAACUCAACAGGAGGAAAACGUUAGCUCACCGCCAACCCCAUUUUUCAGCGGUAAAGACACAGCUGUUCUUGAGUUCGCCAACGACCUUGCAAGAGGCGAGAAAGGUAUCUCCGUAAGGAAGAAUGAGAGGCUAUUCUCGUGCCCUGUGUGUGGGAAAGGGUUUAAUCAGAAAUCCAACCUUACCAGGCACCAUAAAAUCCACACCACGAAAGGGCCUUAUAAAUGCGGCGAGUGCGGAGAAAGCUUCCGGAUGAACCGGAAGCUUCUCAGGCACCAGAGGACACAUGUGAGCGAGCCUUUCAAGUGCACAGAGUGUGGGAGAAGCUUCAAACAGAGGUCCAACCUUGUUAGACAUCAGAGGAUUCACACUCAGGAGGCCCCUUACCAGUGUCCGGAAUGCGAAAAAACCUUCAACCAAAGGGGGAACCUUUUCCGAGACCGCACAAUCCACGUCCGGAUGGGGCCGUGCAGUUGUACCAAAUGUGGGAAGCCGUUUUCCCAGAGGAGGAACUUCAUCCAACACCAGAAACUCCACGUGAGCGACGGGGCCCACAAGUGCUGCGAGUGCGGGAAGCGGUUCCGGUUGAGAAAAUACCUCCGGCGACAUCAGAAGAUCCACAGCCAGGAAGCACCAUAUAGCCGUAAAUGGCGCAGGGAUGGUUUUGGUCUUGGGAGAAGCGCUGGAGGUCUCCACGUACUUAACAAAGAGCAGAGGGCAGACAGCAGGGAAGCUUGA